AUGAUAAUUAGAGCUAAGCUGUUAUCCAAAAGAUCUAGAUCAGCAAGCCUUAGCUCCACAUCUCCCAUACUGCUACUACUAAUACUAGUAAACCAUGGCACUACAGACCAGUGCAGUCUUUGGCCUCCUAAACUAUCUUAUGCAGUCUCACACCAGUUACGGGUACUCAGCAGGUCGAGGGCAUCCCUUGCGAGAGAAUCCUGCCAUAUUAAAUAA